CGCGCGGCGCGGGCUCCGUCCCAAGGGGGAAGGAGGAAGGAGGGGCGGCCUGGGGUAAAACAUGGCGGCGGCGCGGGGAAAGGGGAAAGCUGUGCGGCGUGGUGAGUCCAAGUCCCCCUUCGUACUGGGCUCCAUCUUCAGGAUCUUCAUGAAGAACUUCAUGACAUACACUGUCUGUGAAGUACGUCCAGGGCCCAACCUGAACCUGGUUGUAGGUGCUAAUGGCACAGGCAAGUCAAGUAUUGUUUGUGCCAUCUGCCUGGGACUGGCUGGAAGACCUGCUUUCUUAGGGCGAGCUGAUAAGGUUGGUCUGUUUGUGAAGGAGGGGUGCAUGAAAGGCAUGGUGGAAAUUGAACUGUUUAAGCCACCAGAAAAUAUUCUUAUCACGCGUAAGAUUUACGUGGAGAACAACGCAUCAGUGUGGUUUAUCAACGGAAAACCAGCAACCCUGAAAGCAGUAGAAGAACAAAUUGCAGCCUUAAACAUCCAGGUGGACAACUUGUGCCAGUUUCUUCCUCAGGACAAAGUUGGAGAAUUUACAAAAUUGAGUAAGACUCAGUUGCUGGAAGCCACUGAAAAGUCCAUUGGUUCUCCAGAAAUGUACCAGUUUCAUUGCGAACUGAAAAAUUUCAGAGAAAAGGAAAGAGUACUGGAGAACUUGUGCAGAGAAAAAACCACCACAUUGGAGAAAAUGAAGCAGAGGGUUGAACGGUACAAACAAGAUGUUGAACGAUACCAUGAAUUCAAGCGCCACACAGACUUAAUAGAGAUGCUUGAGAGAAAAAGGCCGUGGGUGGAAUAUGAAAAUCUUCGUGAGCAGCAUGAAGAAGUGAAACAGUGCCGAAACCAAGUGAAGAAAGAACUGAAGUGUCUGAAAGAAAUGCAGGCCCCAUGGACAAGAAGAAUCCAAGAAACUGAAGAAAAUUUAAACAAUCUGAAUAUGAAAACCAGAGAUAAUACUGCUGAAAUCAGAAAUAUUUCCCAGAAAUAUAAAGAGAAACAAGAUGCUUUGGAGAUGAAAGAUAAACAGAUUGAAGAAAUUAAUCAAGCAUUCAGAAUGAAAAAAGAUGAAGAAACAAACAGGCAGAAGAAAAUACACCAAACUCAACAAAUAAUAGAGGAGUGGCAGAAUGAGCUGGAUACAAUGGCAGUCUGUGAGAAUCUUCAGCCACAAAUUGAUGCUGUUAAUACCGAGCUGAAAAAAUUACAAGAAGACAAGGCAAAUAUUGAUAAUGAUGUUAGUGAUCUAAGAGCAGAAAAAACCAGCCAAGAGCAGGAAGAGAAAAGAAUAAUUGAUCGCCUUGGACAACUUAAUAAUAUAAUGCAUAUGAAGGAAGAGAACCUUAAAAUGAGAUUCCGAGACACGCACUCUGCUCUUAUGUGGCUAAGAAACAACAAAGACAAGUUUAAAAAAACAGCUUGUGAACCCAUGAUGCUUGAAAUCAAUAUGAAAGACAGUAGACAUGCAAAAUACGUUGAAAAUCACAUUUCAUCCAAUGACUUGAGGGCUUUCGUUUUUGAGUGUCAAGAAGAUAUGGAGACAUUUCUGGCGGAGGUGCGUGAUCGUCAGAAACUAAGAGUGAAUGCUGUAUGUGCACCUGAUGAAUCAUGUGCUGAAAUUUUACCAUCAAGACCUAUUGAAGAAUUACACCGAUACGGAUUUUAUUCAUAUUUACGAGAGUUAUUUGAUGCGCCUUCUCCUGUGAUGAGUUACCUUUGUAACCAGUACCGUGUUCAUGAUGUUCCUGUGGGAACACAGAAGACCAGAGACAUGAUUGAAAGGAUCAUACAGGAAACCAAUCUAAGGCAAAUUUAUACAGCAGAAGAAAGAUACGUUAUUAAAAUAUCUUCUUACACAAAACAAACCAUCUCUAGUAAUACAUGCUUGAAGGAGGCACAGUAUCUCAGUAGUUCAGUGGAUACGGAGGAAAGAGGACAGUUGGAAAAUCAACGACAGGACAUCAGUAAUACGUUAAAGUCAUUGGAUGCACGUUUGACUGCACUGUUCGAGAGACAGAAGCUUCUGGAUCUCAGGGACAAUAAACUCAGGCAGGAGAAGAAGGCGCUUUUAGAGAGAGGAAACCGGAGGAGGCAGUUAGAAUCAAAAAUUCGUGUGAAGUAUGAUAGUUUAAGACAGCUGGAACAAGAUGCUAUUGACCUAGAGAAGGAAUUUCAACUGGCAAAUGUAAAGAUCAAAGAAAUAAAUAAACAGAAAGCAGAACUUGUUACAGAAGUGAUGCAUCUCACCAAGAGGAUCAUACAAUUGAACGUCGACAAAGUAGAUUUGGCUUUUCAGAUGACCAGGGUGACUGCUAAGAAGAACAGACUACAAUCAGAGUACAAAGCAGGAACUGUACAGCUAAGAGCUGCACAGCAACGUUUUCAUGAACUGGAUAAUAGGAAGCAACUUCUUUAUGACAAGUGCAAGGAACUGAUGAAGCAUGCUCAACACAUCUGCAGAUUGGGUCCAGAUCAAGAUUUUCCAGAAGAAUUUAAAGUUGCUUUUCAGACUCUUCCAAACACAUUGGAGGAAAUUGAUGCUUUUCUGAGUGAAGAGAAAGCCAGGGCUUCCUGUUUCACAGGCCUCAGUCCUUUGGUUGUUGAUGAAUACAAUAAGCAAACACAAGAAAUACAGCAGUUAACGGAAUAUCUAGAGGAAAAGAGGAAUGAGUUGAAUAACUAUAAGCAAAACAUUGCACAGGUCAAAGAAAAAUGGAUAAACCUCUUGAAAGUGAUGAUUGAACAAAUUAAUGGAAAGUUCAGUGAGUUCUUUAGUUCUAUGCAGUGUGUUGGUGAAGUUGAUCUUCAUAUGGAAAAUGAGUGUACUAGAAUGGACUUAUCAGUCUGAUAGAAGACAAGCGAGUCUUUAUCCAGAUGACUAGGACUUCACCUCCUGACUUUUGGAAUCGGCCUGCAACUUACAAAGCUUGGUUAGAAACACUGUAUUUACUUAGCUGUUACUCAAAUUUAUUAAGCUCAUUAUUUAAUUCUGAAUUUUCAGCUAACUUUUGUCCUCUAUUAUCAUCUAAAUAUUCUGUUAUUAGGCGUUGAAUUGAUUUGCUUCUACAUGUAGUUACUACUGGAGUCUGAGGGCAUUUGAUCUGUUCUGAAAGCAGCUGUCAUUUGGCCAAUCCUGUUGCCUUCUCAGUAACUUUUAUAGGUAGGGUUUACCUCUGGUAAAGAGUUUAAAGCAUCCGUAGAACUUGGGGAGAAGUAUUCAGUGCAGUGAACUGGAGAGGGAAAUUUGGUAGUUUGUUUUAAAUUGAUCACUGAAAUGAUGAUGUCAAGACUUUCAUAUGUUAACACAUAGACUACACAAUAGUGAAAUUUAACACAAUUUUUUCUGACUUUGUUUUUUCUGUUGUCAAUUACUCAAGCAGCUUUUCUUAAAAUAGCAGUGGCAGUUAUUACUCAGGGCAGAAGAGUGACUGGUAAUGCUCUUUAUAUGAACUGCAUAAAAAUGUUGACCUGUAGAAUAGUAAUAUGAAAAAGUAGAACAUUAAAAUACAGACUUUUCAGGUCUUUUGAUAGUUACCUUGACAGAUCUAUAUUACACAAAAACUCUAUUUUAGUAAAAGUAUGUUGAAAGAGGGAACACAGAAGGAACAGCAAAGCUAUUUGAAAGCAAAAGGUGUGUGGAGUGCCUUUCUGAAUCUCUUCUUUGGAAGGUCUUGCUUUUCUAUAGCAAAGAUGUCACAGAUAGUUUUAAGAGAUGAGCUAGCAGUACUGUGCCAGUGAAUAAAACUUGUUUCCUCAAGGGAUCAGUGGCUACAGUCUAGAAGGAUAUGUUCUCAAGUUUGUACUCCUUGGUGUUCUCUGCAGAUCUUUUGCCUCUCCUGUAGGUAAGAAGAGAGAGACUCUUGAGGUUGACUUACUUUUUAUUAGAGAUAUUUCUGUGACACUGAAGUUCAAGCCUCUGUUAGUCUGCCUUAUAGGAAUCUUGAGAUCUGUGGAUGUCCUUGGUGACUACUAGCUGCUGUCACCAUUGGAUAAGAGGAACUGGACAUUAGGUGGAACUUCUUUACAGAAAAUGUGAUUAAACAUGGAAUGGACUGAGGAGACAGAUGAUGGAGUCACCAUCCCUGGAGAUGCUUAAGGAAUGACUGGACAGAGCUCUCAGUGCCAUGGUCUGUUUCCUAGAUUGGUGUUCAGUCAUAGGUUGGGCUCUGGUCUCAGAGGCCUUUUCCAACUGAAGUGACUCUGUGAUGCUAUGUGAAAUACUUCACUGGGUUCUUUCUUAACAUUCUAGCAGAAGCCUCUGGGAACAGUCUGACUUCCCUUGGUGACACUUAGUAGCCAGAAUUCGUACUGCUAGCCAUGAUAACACUCACAUUCCUUGAUUCACUACAAGGAGUUUUGAGCAUCAUUUUUGUCAAUUGGAAAAUCUGUCAGUUAUGCAAACUGAUAUUCAAAAGACACAACUGUGUGGCAGUUGUCGAGGUCUGACUGAUGCCAUUGUGGCUGUGUUUCACAGCAAUCUUCGUAAUUUGGUUUGCUAGCUUGUAUCUUCAUUUUUUCAAACCUACUUUUGCCAAUGCAUCUGAAAUUACAAUGGGCUUAGAGACCUUAGAUUCUGGGGUUUAUUUCUCCUUACAUGAAAUUGUAAUCAGAACAACUCACAGAGUAACAGAUCAGUUGGAAGGGCUCAGAAGGAUCAUCAAGUCCAGCUCUUAAGUAAAUGGCCCAUACAGGAAUUAAACCCACAACUUGGUGGUGUUAGCAUCAUGCUCUGACCAACCAAGUGGACUCAGUGGCCACUGAACACAACUUCAGUAAUCCUAGAGAGUCCUCUGGAGAUUUCUUUUUCGUCUUAAGCAUGAAUGCAUUUCAUUGUAUGGUCCUUCUUUUGAGCCACAUCUGUUAUCCUGAUGCCUUGCAUCGUUGGCUGAGGCUGCUGCCAAGUUUCACUUUCCUGUUAAAGAAAAGCCAGCACUGGAAUCCUUGUGUGUGGUUUUCCCAUUGAACUAUGAAAAGGAAAUGGCUGUCCUGGAUUUGGACAGCAGUGGUUGAUGGAUUUCAAGCUGCUUCCACUUAAACAGGUGCAGAUUGGUACACAACCUACACACGCACCAUUACUCCACUGUUCAAAUUGAUAGUAUCCUAAGGCUUUUUUUUUUGUAUUAAUGGGAUUUAUAGGGGCAUUGCUUUCUUCUUAUUCUAUCCAAGAUUUUUAUUUUCCUGUUGAUGUUCUUACUGCAUAAAAAACCUUUUUUAACAGGAAUUAAUAAAUCCUAGUCGUGAAAAGCGAAUGGUGUUGGAAAUUGUGUAGCAAAACUAGACAUGAAGGAAAACAAUGAAACAGGAUUAAUAUAUAUAGAUGAACCAGAAUUAAUAUCUUGAUUUUAAGUUCAUCCUGAGUAGUUGAUAGACCCAUGUACAUUUGUAAAAUGCCCUGGAAUUUGCAUGUCAUUGUAAAAUAAGCUAUAAUAAAAAGAAAAUGAGUUUAAAAGGUACUGGCUUUCACAGCAGGAGUAUGAGAAGUAUGGAAUUCGCAUUAGAGUCAAAUUCCAUAGCAACGCUGAACUUCAUGAAUUGACUCCGUAUUAUCAUAGUGGAGGUGAGAAAACUGUUGCCACUAUGUUAUACCUGAUGGCUCUGC